AGAAGUUCUUGUUCGUUUGACAGCGUGCUUACUUUUACAGAGCUUCUCAAAGAUAUUUUUGUUUGUACAGUUUCGAAUCUCAUCUCCUUGCCAUGGAUUUCAACUGCAAUGUUUUGAAGUUUAUGAUGAUGAAAACUCCGGCUGAUUCCAUUCCUCCGUUGAAAAUCGCCGGCGAUCAAAACAACGUCGUUUCACCGGUUAUCGAUGGAAACAAACUGAAAAUUCAUGUUCCUGUUCCGAGGAAAAUUGUUGGCGGCGAGGACGAUGUGGUAGAUAAGAAGAAAGUGAAAAUUGAGGUUCCUAUUCCGAGGGAAUUGUUAUUUCCAUCCGCUGAGACGGCGUCGUGUACUGAUCAUGCGCAGUUAUUGGUUCAGAACUAUGGGAAUUUCAAAAAGAGUGGGAAGCCGGUGAGGUUUAUGUUCUAUAAGGAUGGAUCGUGGGUGAAUUUCGAGAAAAACGUGAUGGAUGUGAUGGUAUCAGGUUUCGUGAGUGGCAAGCCUAUGAUUGAUGUGGAAAUGGAAGGGUUAAAAUGUCUUUUUGAUUUUUAUCGCAUGUUAGAGAUUGACUUGGACACUGGGAAAGAGCGCUCUAUUUCUUGGAUUGAUGUUAAUGGUAAGUGCUUUUUCCCUAAAGUCUUCAUUGAUUCCAGUGAGAAUUCAAAUGAUAAAAAUCAGGAAAUUGAAGCUUCGAAUGUUAAUGAAAAAAUUUCCUCUGAGAAUCUGAAGAUUGAAAUUGAGAUAAGAAUCUCAGAUGACAACUCAGAUAAAGAAGUUAACAAUUCAGGAGAAGAGUUAAAGUUAGGAAAGAGAAAGAGGGGAAGUGAGGAGAAUGAAGUGGAGAAGAAGGGAGAACGGAGUUCGUCCAAUGCGAAAGAGCGGCGUGUUAUUGCUGCUACUGAAUUGCAUUCACCAAGGUGGCCAAAGGCAAGGUCAUUGAGGGAAGAGGAGAAAGGCUAUCAGAUGGUAAAGGGUUUACUGUUGUCGGGUUUGAGGACUGUGGACCCUGGUGUUACAGUCACUUCGAUUCAUCAGUGUGUUAGAACUGGUCCAUUGGAAAAGGCUCGUCUUGAGGUUUUCCACACAAAUAUGGAGAUCAUAAAGAGAGCUAGAGGGGGGAACCUUAAUGUUGUAUAUGCUUGGUAUGGGACAUCAGCCAAGAACGUGGAGAUCAUUCUGCGUCAUGGCUUUGGAAUGCCUAGCGUGGUACAUGGUUCUAAUGCUCAUGGCCUUGGUGUGUACUUGUCGCCCUUACGCCAACCUCAAAAUAGUGCAAUGAUGUCUGAGGUAGAUGAAUAUGGUGAAAAGCAUAUCGUACUGUGUCGGGUUAUAUUGGGAAAGCUUGAAAAGGUUGAGUUAGGAUCUCAACAGCGGUAUCCUUCUAGUGUGGAUUUUGAUACUGGGGUUGAUGAUUUGACAAACCCGAAGUGGUAUGUGGUGUGGUCUGCAAAUAUGAACACCCACAUUCUUCCCGAAUGCAUAGUUAGCUACAAAUCUGGACGUCAUAAGUCAGGUCAAGCAAAUGGUGCUUCAUCCAUGAAGUGGGCUCCUCAUGCUUCAAAUGCAAUGGGUACAUUAAUAUCCAAGCUAAGUACUUUGCUUCCACCUCCGAAAGUGCAGGAGUUGCAAAGUUUGUAUGGCUCCUACCGGGAAGGCAAAUUAGGGAAAGAAGUUUUCAUGAGACAGUUACGAUCAGUUGCUGGAGAUGAGUUGUUGCGUUCGACUAUUCUGGAAAUUCGUGGCUGAGAUGAGGUUCUUUUAGUGUUUAAUUUUUGUCGUGAGAAUAUGGGAUGUGUUCUCAUUGAUAAUUCCGUUUUUAUACAACAAAAGUGUAAUGUUACCUUUUACAGAGGGAAGCCUCAUUAGUAGGAAGCAGGAUACACCUUAGGUUAUAGACUUACAUUUUGUUUUUGUUGUACCUUUUCUAAAGGUUGUUGUGGUGAUGUUACUAAAGAGCUUGGACGGUUUUGUCUUUCAGUGGAAGUAGAAUCCAGUUCAAAUGACAACGUUUUUUUUUCCCAUAUCCGGUUUCUGUCUUUGUGUUUGCAUGUGAAAUAUUGUUUGGGAAUUGUGCAGCGCUAGUGUACAACUCUAAAUUGCUUGCCUUAUGUUCUGAAGCUUGAAUACUGCUUCAUGCAGUUAUGACUAGAUAUGGUUUAUCUUAAAGCUUUUUAUUUGUGUCUGUUGUUCAUGUUCUUUGGAUAUUAUGCCAAUCUCUUUUGGGUCCAUAUUUUCACUUUUUUUCUUCUUAAAAUCUACAUUGACUUGGAAGAGUUUAGAAAUGUAUAUUUGUUCAUUUUGUAGAAUUCCUCAGAACUAGCUGCUUAAGUUGAUUAUUGAUAUUUUACGUGCUCCUUCUGGUUACUUGAUUAGGAUCUUACUUUACUCUUCAUGAUGCAUGUAUAUACUGUUUCAUGUGAGAAGUUUCUUUUGGUAGUAACCAUUCCAAUUUCCUAAAGCUAGUGGCUGAGUUCUCUAUGGAAGUGCCUGUUUUUGAGAUGUGACAAGAAUGGCAGCCUACGUUAGCAGAUAAUUGAAUACUUGGCCAUAUGGACCUUGCUUCGCAUAAUGCAUGUAGACUAUCUGUUGCAAAAGUUUCCCUUCAAUAGUAAGAAUUCAGGGUUGAGUAUAAAGCUACAGGCAUUGUAUGCAACUGCCCACCUUCGAGUAGUGACGAGGGUAGCAGCCUAUAUUGAUGUAUUACCCAACCUAUAUUAACGUAUAAUUGGUCGAGUAUGGAAUGAUUGUCAGGUAGUGGUAAAGAACCAAUUGCAGUGAUCUUGUGAAAUGUAACUUAGCAUUCUGGUGAGUCGACGCAUUUAUGACGUAUUCAUGUCUACUAUUUAAAGAUAUGUUGUAUGUCCUUGUGUGCAUGCCUUUUUUCUCCUUGAACUAAAAUUAUGUUUAGAUCUUUGGAUUUCAUUGGAGAAGAAGCACCAGUAAUCUUCUUGCAGUGGCUGGUUUCCUGCUAAAUGCUGUCUGUAUUUUAUGCCACAGGUUGGAGGAUACAUGCCUUGCCUAUUCUUAAGAUGAAAUAAUUCUUAUUACCAGUUAGAGGUCCUUGCAUAGUCAUAAUAAAGUAAAAAUAUAUGUGGAGACAUUUAAGCAAAUUUUGAUGGUUGACUUGGCUAAACUGGAAGUAGUAAGUCUCGUGAUCAGAGUUAUUGCUUGUGGUUUAGAAACAAAUGUGUGCUAUGACAUGAUGGAAGUGAGAUAGUAUAUGGGACAGUUAGCUGCUUUGCUUUUGUGCUUGUGUUACUUCUCAAAAGAGAUGGCUAUGUUACCUUUGCAUGAAGAAGUUGUUUUUGCAUGUCUAGGUGGUGUAUUUUAGGUUUUGACGCUGACUCUUUUACCUUUUCUGUAAAUGGAAUUAAUUUUACUUAUCUAUCUGUUUUUAAUGUAAGAGCAGAAGUUACUUACUGAAUUAUGUCGAAUACAAGACCUCUUACCAUAUGAUUGGAGAGUUUUUUUUUUUUUAUUUAAAAUUUUCACCAAGUACUGUUAUGGAUAAAGCGGCUAAUGACUGGCAAUAAUGUGUGUGUAAAUGUUGUUAGCACAUGGGGUUAUUAUGCUUUUCAUUCCACGUUAUUGUGUUCCAUGGAUAAGUUUUUGAAUGUUGAUAUUUAUCUAUGCCAUCCAGCAACUACAUGUUGCUGCAGUUGGGAUUUGACAGUGUGGACUUUUUCUUCAUUUAGUGGGUAUCAUAUUUUUGGGUUGGUGAAUGCUUUAAACUUUAAAGAUGCUUAACUAGGUUAAUAAGCAGACUGUAGAGGGCAUGACUGGUAGUUGGGAACAUGAAGUGCAUUAAAUGCGAGUUUCACCCUUCCUUUGAUGGCCAACCAGGGUCGACUUUAUUCAUGAACUGGCGAACUGAACAAAGAUCUGUGUCGGGUUAGGGUUUAACUUUUAUUUUGUAAGUCAGGAAGUCAUCAAAUUUCACAAGCAAGAAGAGAUAAAAUGUGGUGCUUUAAGUCAGUUUUCAAAGAGUCCGGCAGCCUCAUUGGCAAAAAUCCAUUUCUUACUGUCGCGUGAUUUGGAUUAUGACUUCUUUAGACUUUCUGUUAUCUCUCUAUUUUUAGCAUCUGUUUAUGUUUCUUCUUACUAAAGUUCAGUUGGCAAGGGAAGUAAUGGCCAACUUAGGUUUCUGUUUGAAGAUUUUCUGCCAAAACUAGUCAUGUAGUCUAAGAAAGUUAUAAUUUCUUUUAGUUGCUUAUAUUCACUGGAACAUUUAGCAGUGUUUGUCUGUUCAGUUACUGACGGCAUGUGUCUUAUCUGUUUUGUUUUCUCUGGAACCUUUGCCUGUAAGUUAGGACCAACACCAGGGAUAUUCAUUCUUUUUUUUUUUUUAGAAGUACCACUAACUGUUGGUCGGGGAGGGGGUGGUUAGGCCUUGACUCCUACCUGUAGUAUUUAUCACCAAAAGUGCAAGAAGAUGGAUAUAAAAUCUGUACAACAGAAGAAAUGGACAUGAUCUUUUCUAUAUACAUGUGAUUAGCCUAAGCUUCGCCUCAUCACAAGGUUCAAGAGUGUUUCAUGACUGUUGUGUGCUCUGACUUUGAGUCUCCUCUUUUUCUUAAUCUUAAUUUAAGCAAUUAAUUUAAUGGUGUCGUUCCUGGCUUUUCCUUGAGUUGGUAUUCUCAUAAACACGCACCUCGUUGCUUAAACUUCCCUACUAAUAAAACAAUUACCACAAAAGUAUUGUGGCAAGUUAAAUAACAUGAAUGUGUAUGACAUAGACUUGCUUGGUCAAUUUAUUGCGAUUCAUUUGAAGUUAUGAGUUCCAUUAGAGUUAUCUUUAUCAAGAUGAGAGGAAGUUUCUCAUCCUCGGUGAUUUGGAGUAUUAAGACGGUCAGGAACGCGAAAUUGUGCAGACCCGUAAGGUAUCCAGAUGUAUUUGUUGAUUAUUACUUAUCACUAUAUCAUAAUCACAUCAGUUGUUUGUGAAGCUUUAAGUUACUUACUGACAAUUUUAAUCAAAUAUUAGCUUUUAAUACAUUACAGUACACUACAGAAUGUGAUUUCCUGAAUCUAAAUGCCAAUUACAUACUGUUGUAGAUAGAUCUUUCAAAUGGUUAUAGGCUGUCUUCUGCUCUCAUCGAUGUUAUCUUAGCUUUUUAAUUAUAGAAAGGAAUAAUGUAAAGCUACCUUAUAACAUUUUCUUACUGUGUUUUGUCUCUCCUUUGUAAUGGUUUAGUGGCUUUUUAAGGGCCACAAUCUUCUUGGACUUGGAUUCCUCAUGUUAUGGUACCCAUGGUAUCAUCUUUAUUCCUUUUUUUUUUCCGUAAACGCACGCUGUUACUUAAACUUCCCUACCCAUAAUAAUUGCCACAGUUAAACAACAUGAAAUGUGGAUAUUAUUAUACUGAAUGCUAAUUUGCUGUAUAUCAAUUGUUUGCGACUUGUAUGAAGUGCUGAGAAUCGUAAGGAAUUUGUUGGUGUUGAUAUGGAAGAAAUUAUGUCUUUGGUAUGUUUCUCAUCCUGUGUAGUUCGGACUAAUAAGUGGUGACAGUUGGACUCAUGAACACAACAUCGUGGAGACUCAUCAGUUGUCCAGAUUUAUCCAGGAGCAAUAACUGUCUCAUGGUCACAACAGUUGUUUGUCAAGUAUUAAUCACAUGUGAUAACUGUGAUCAGAUCUUAGCUGUUAAUAAAUGUGAUCAGAUCUUAGCUGUUAAUAGAUCACAGUAUAUUACAGAAUCUGAUUACAUGAUAGAAGAAUAGAAAACGGGAAUCUGAUUAAGUGAAUCUUACUCCUCAUUAGAUACUCUCUUCAGUGAUACCUUAGCUUAUGAUUUAUAUCUUACAACAGUUUUUCCUGACAGUAUCUUGCCUCUCCUUGUGCAUUGGUGUUACUGGCGUUCCUUUAGGCCAACGGUCCUUUUGGACUUGGUGCUUCAUGUGAUGGUGCUCAUGGUAUCAGCAAUUGUUUUUCUGUUUAGUAAGCGGUUUCACUUCUCUUAGAGGUGUCUUCUGUUCUAAUCAGUUUUACAGUUCAUUAUGUCAUUGUUAUAUCAGAAGUGGAAAAGAGAAGAGCUCACAUUCUUCUUUGACUGUUAUGUCAUCUCUUGUCACUUACAUUACUGCUUAAAUAAACUUCUUUUCAGGGGUAAGGUUUUUGUGGACCCAAGUUCUUCACGUACUAAGGUACUCCGGUAUAAGCACCUGACAGUCGAGUGUAAGUAUGGGGCGUUCUUUUGCAAACAAUAUCAGUUACAAAGUUGGCUCUCAGCCUGUGAAGGAGAUUUAUCCAGAUCUAUUCAACCUCACAAGCACCUGAUGCAACUAUUCAUGAGACUUGGGGGCAGCAGGGUUGGAAUAUAAACUUCAGAAGAUUACUAAAUGACUGGGGAGAUUAAUAGGAUUGCUAAGCUUUUCCAGGUACUGGAACAAUUUAUUCAAGGAACAACAGCUAAUGAAGAUAGAUUAGAUUGGAAGCAUAGAAGAUGUAAAUCAUUUACUAGACUUUAUUGGAUCCUUGUAAGAAUAUCAAGCCACUUUUGGGUUUUGCCUUAAUUGUAAA